ACAGAAAGUUUAAGGAGACUGCAGAUAUGCUCAGGUUUCUUCUGUUGACCUCUCUUGCAGCCCUGGUUCUGGCUGAACCCCAGCCCAGGUACCUGGAGGACAGUGUUGGUGAACCAAGAGUUGUGGGAGGAAGGGUGGCCAGACCUAACUCAUGGCCAUGGCAGAUCUCCCUUCAGUACAAAUCUGGAAGCUCCUUCUACCACACCUGUGGAGGAACUCUUGUUCAAGGAUGGGUCAUGACUGCUGCUCACUGUGUGGACAGAUCAAUGACUUGGCGUGUCGUUCUUGGAGAUCAUGACAUCAGCAACAACGAGGGAAAAGAGCAGUACUUGAGCGUGAGCCAGGUCUACAUCCACCCUAACUGGAACUCCAACAAUGUUGUUGGAGGUUACGACAUUGCUCUGCUGCGUCUGUCCACUGACGCUGUCCUCAACAACUACGUCCAGCUGGGCAUUCUUCCUCCCUCCGGUCAGGUUCUGGCCCACAACCACCCCUGCUACAUCACUGGAUGGGGACGCACUCAGACUAAUGGUAACCUGUCUGCUCAGCUGAAGCAAGCCUACAUGCCUGUUGUUGAUCACAACACCUGCACCAGCUCUGGCUGGUGGGGCAGCACUGUGAAGAGCUCCAUGGUCUGUGCUGGAGGUGCCAGCAACUCUGGUUGUCGGGGUGACUCUGGUGGACCCCUGAAUUGCAGGGUCAACGGCCAGUGGGUGGUCCACGGAGUGACCAGCUUUGUGUCUUCCCUUGGCUGUAACACCUACCGGAAACCCACCGUCUUUACCCGUGCUUCUGCUUACAUCAGCUGGAUGAACAGCAUCAUGGGUUAAGAAGAAAAGCAAUAUCUGUGGAAAAAAGAACAUUCUGGAUUCUUUUCUCACUCCAUCAAAAUAAAAGUCAUAAAAAUGG